AUGAACCUUGACAUCAACCUCACGGACCACCAGCCACCGGGCGCCGUCAGGCAACCGGCUUCGCUGCCUCUCAUGCGCCUGACCGGGGCCAGCAAGCUGUACGACAAGGGCAGCAGCAUCCGCGAGGCCCUGCGCUCGGUGGAUCUGGACAUCCACCGGGGCGAGUUCGCAGCCAUCGUGGGGCCCAGCGGCUCGGGCAAAUCGGCGCUGAUGAAAAUGCUGGGCCUGCUGGAAGCGCCCACCAGUGGCGGCUACCGUUUUCAGGGUGUGCCGGAACAGUCGCUUUCAACCGAGCAGCGUCUGUGGCUGCGACGGCGCUUUUUCGGCUUUGUGCCGCAAGAGUUCCAUUUGCUUCGCAGCACCUCGUUGCAAGGCAAUGUCGCCUUGCCGCUGAUGUACCGGGGCAUGUCGGCAGAACGUUGCCAGUCGGCCGCCAUGCGCGCACUGGCCUUGGUGGGUCUGGAAGACCAGGGCCACAGGAUGCCCGACGAGCUGGACAGGACCCAGCAUGGCAAGGCCGCCAUUGCGCGUGCCUUG